GACUUGAUCCCUAUUCCACAAGAUCGGAGGACCUGGACGUGGCAGGGUUUCGCAGGAUAUUGGAUCAUUACUGAAGGUGCCAACAACUCAGCAUGGACAGCAGGCUCGACGAUGCUCGCACUUGGCUUGAGUGUACCACAAGCUAUGGGAAGCGUGAGUGACAUGCUUUUCACCUUCUGCAUUAUACUCACCAGAUAUAGAUCCUGGGGUAUGAUUGGUGGUUUCUGGCCAGUUUUGAAUAGAAUUGUGACUGCAUGUAUCUGGAUGGGCGUGCAGACCUAUUGGGGAGGCCAAGCCGUCAAGAUCAUCCUCGGAGCUGUCAUUGGACCCAAAACUGCACACGGUGCAGGGGAGCUAUUUCAUUCGCCUGCAACUGAAUCAGGUAGCACAUUGAGCUGGAAUGUGGUGUAUGGCAUCCAAGCUAUACUUGGACUUUGGAGUGGGGGCAUUGUUGGUCAAUCAGACUGGACACGUUAUGCUAAGACACAGAAUGCCUCCAUUUUCGGUCAAGGUGUCACUUGUCCCCUUACUAUUAUAGUCACUGCUCUCUGUGGUGUCAUCAUCACCUCAGCUUCCGCGACUAUAUAUGGAGAAUACUUCUGGAACCCCUUCGAACUACUUCUCCAAAUUCAGUUAGUCUCAAUGACACCAGCAGCACGUGCUGGCACCUUCUUCGCUGGACUUUGCUUCCUAGCAUCUCAAAUGGCGUUGUGCAUUGUACUCAAUGCAAUGUCGACAGGUAUGGACAUGGCGGCUCUCUGUCCACGAUGGAUCAAUAUCAGAAGAGGAUGCUAUAUCCUCACUGUCAUAGCUGUGGCCAUCUGUCCUUGGAACUUCGUCAACACUGUAACGACAUUCAUCAAUGUGCUUUCUGGUUGGUCUAUCUUCCUUUCGGGAAUGACUGGAAUUCUUAUUUUCGACUAUUUCCUGGUGAGAGGAAGGCAGCUGCACACGGGUGACAUGUAUAGAGGAAACAAGACGUCUGCAUAUUGGUAUACUUCUGGAUUCAAUUGGAGAGCCAUUGUUGCUUGGAUCAUGGGGAUUUGGCCUCUUCUACCUGGCUUCAUUCGUCGCAUCCGACAGGUAAGCGAUGGCAAUGGAUGGGACCAUGUCUAUGAUCUCAGCUACUUCUUUGGUUUCUUCGUAUCAGGAACGAUUCAUUGGGCGUUACACACUGCCUUUCCAGCGAAGAAGCAGACAGGAUCAUCGCCUUUCGAGAUGGAAUUGCACAGAACUAGGCCUGCACAGGUUCAUGGUGUUCGACCUAGAGCAUAUGCGGAAAGCACAACCAGUCAGGAGUACGAGACUGUCACGAUGGGAAGAGAGAAAGAAUCUAAUGUCUGA